CUACAAAAUACCUAAAAUCAUGGGAAAUAAACGAGGCUAAAAUUGAAAUAGGGGUUUAUGGUUUUGGUUAGGGCUUAAAACUUAAAAGCCAGAAAAACUGAGAACUCCAUCUCAAUUCUCAUCUCUCCUUUAAUUCCAGCUAUGGAAGCGGAGCAAGAAACCAUGGAUGUGGGUAGCAGAGGCAACCACAUCAGUAAGAGAGCUCUUCGUAACAAAUCUCUCUCCGUCACUUUUAACGAGAAAGACUUGAGGGACUAUGUGGGUGGGUUUCACAAACGAAAGAAGAAGAGGAGAAAAGAAGCACUGAAGCAGCAAGGAGAAGCAGAAAGACGCAAGCGCCUUGAUGACCGUAAGAAGAGGAGAAAGGAAAAAGAGUAUGCACUGUAUGGUGGUGCACCACCACCUGAAGAUGUUAAAGAUCUGGAACCUAAUGAUCAAAUGGAGCUGAACCCAUCAGUUUCUGGGACAACAUCAUAUGAAAAUGGCGAUAUGAAGGUCAUCGUUACAACAAGUGAGAUUGCUCACGAAGAAGAAGAAAACCCAAUCGAAAAAUCAGCGCCAUUACCAGCAGUGUCUAUUGGAGUAGCCGAGAAAAAGCAUAAUCUUCCUGUAAGCAAGAAGAAGGCUUUUAAAAAAUCCACUAAAGGUAGAUCCCGGACAAAGCUAGUUAGCAAAAGGGAGAGAAGGAAAGGGAAGAUAAAUGGUAAAAGGAAAAGGAGCUAGCUUGUAAACCCCUUGUAACGUUAAUUUUAUUUGUUGAAGGCCUACAUUUUGCUGAAAUUAUUCUUGCAAAAUUUACUGGAGUUUUGGAGGAACCAACAAAGUUUGUGCAGUGCGUCAGUGACAAACAAAUGAACUUUAAACAAUGUGGUCCAUAAAGAAUUCCUUUGUUUUUGGCCAA